AUGCUUACACCUGCUAGUUCUAACCCUAAUGGUAAACUCAAUGAGGCUGCGCCUUCCCCGGUAGGAUUCAAAAAUGUUCCAGCUGUAGAGUCGCCUGUGGAAUUCAAGCUUGAAGGACAAAUUCCGUCUUGGGUUAAUGGUGUAAUGUACCGAACAGGUUCGGGCCGUUAUAAUAUUCUUUUGGAUAACGGCGAUACUUUUCAUAUUGGUCAUCCUUUUGAUGGUCUUGCUAUGCUUCAUCGUUUUGAAAUUUCGGGAGAAACACAAACAGUCAAGUACAAUUCCCGACAUACCUCGCAUGGUGUUGAAAAAAGAAUAGGCCAAAGAGAUCCUACUCUCUUGACAUUUGGUCCAGAUCCUUGCAAAACCAUCUUUGGUCGUAUUCAAUCUGUUUAUCAUCAUAUCUCCAAGUUUGGUUCUAACGCUGUACUACAAGAAUCUGAUGCUGAAUUUGAUAUGGUAAAUGUAACCAUCACGCCCAACUUCCCUUUGGGUGAACGAUUGGAAAAUGAAACUGGUGUCAAGCGUGGUGAAGCCCUCGUUGUCAAGAGAGAUGCCAACACGCUUCAAGUAGUUGACCCCGAAUCAUUAAAACCUCUCAAGAUGUUUACCUAUGGUCAUGUCAGCAAGCAGCUGCAAGGUCAACUAUGUGCUUCUCAUCACCAAUACGAUGAAGAAACUGAUGAAUAUGUUAAUUUUAUGGUAAAGCUUGGUCCCUUCCCUACUUUUCAAUCUUAUUCUAUUGGGCCCUACUUGCCUUCUCCUGUGGCAGAGAAAGAAAAGAUUGCUGCCCCUGAACCAAGACUUCAUCAACCUAUCUGGCGUCAUCUUGGAGCAUGGAAGACGUUAGAGGCCCUCAAGCCAUCCUAUAUUCACUCUUUCAGUAUGACUAAGAACUAUAUCAUUAUCCCCAACUUUCCUUAUUACUAUUCGUUGGGUGGUCUUUCUGCCAUUUACUAUUCUUCAGCCUAUCAAACCUUUUACUGGGAUGAAACACGUCAUACUUUAUUUCAGGUUAUUGACCGCCAUACUGGUAACCAUGUUGCAACUUAUGAAGCCGAUCCAUGUUUUGCUUUCCACACAGCCAAUGCGUGGGAUGAAGAAGUAGAAUUACCCGGCGGGCGUCGAGAACGUGUCAUUUAUAUGGAUUACUGCAUGUAUGAAAACACGGAUAUCGUCGAUGCAAGUUUUGAACUGGGAAAAACACCUACUGGAAAAAUGGAUCUGGACCGUGUUCAACCUGCUCGCUAUGUUUUUGAUAUGAAUACUUCCAAGAAAGAAACUAAUCAAAUCGCACCUUCUCAAUUCCGUCGUUAUCGUCUUGGCAAUGUGCCCGUUGCUCAACCUGGCUCUGAAAAAUGGACCCCUUCUUGGUCAAGUAGUUUCGACUGGGCGAAAAUGACCGCAUUCAAUAAGCGUCGUGUUGCUUCUUAUACCAUUAUUGGUCACGAUCUUGAAAUGCCUCGAUUUAACCCCAAAUACAACCUGAAGCGGUACAGAUAUUGUUGGGGUGUUUGUGAAUCUCAACAUGCUCCUUCAUACGCGUCUGGAUGUAUAGUGAACGGUUUGAUUAAGCUUGAUUUGGACAAGCCAUAUUUGGGAGCAAAUACAGAUGAAGCUAGUCCGGCUAAAAUCUGGGACGAGCCUGGAUGUUCGUGUGCAGAGCCUAUUUUUGUUCCUAAUCCUGAAGGCAAUGCAGAAGACGAUGGUAUUAUUAUGUCGAUUGUCAAUACCACUCUGGAAGAUGGUAGUGAAUCAUGCUUUUUAUUGAUAUUGGAUGCAGCUUCUCUUGAAGAAAUUGCUCGUACUACUGUAGGCGCAUUCAAUGCGGUAACAUUGCACGGAAGCUUUGUAAAUCAACAUGGAAGAGGAGUUGCCGUAAAUUAA